AUGUCUGUCCGUCAAGAGCCGCCUCCGGCUCCCCCUGUCCCACCGGAUCUGCUGUUCCUCGGGUCUAACUCGGCUGAUUUGGGAAGUGGUGGUUCUCUCCCUUCUGAUGUCGCCAUGGAGGUCUCUCCAUCUCCUGUGAUCCCGGUUUCAAGCUCUAAAGCUCGGCCGCACCUUGGAUCUGCUUCUCCCCUCGUCGGGGUCCCUAGUGAAGCUGGUUCGGUACCUAUAGGCAACAAGGUGGAUUCUGGAUCUACUGUUCCUACGUCUUCUUCUACCCCUGCCUCGGGUACGGGUGUGGAGGUUCCAUUUCCGGGUCAAGACUCGGGCUCUCUUCCUUCGAGUGAAUUUAGCUGGGCGGUAAAAGCUCGUGCAGCGUCAAAAUUCCCGAAAUCAAAUAUCCAUGUGGUUGUUUCUGAUAAUGGAACACCUAGGGUCAAAGUUCCCAAUGCGGUUUUCGAGCGUGGUGCCCAGGCCCACACUGACUUCAUUGUCGGUAUCUUCUACGGUAAAGCCCCGUCUUAUGGCAAGAUUUGGGGAGUGCUCAAUUUUCUUUGGGGCAAGGACCAGAAGGUUGGCGUUCAUUCUCUAAUGGCCAACGCUUAUCUAUUUCGAAUCCCUUCGGCGUCGCUCCGGAGAAAGAUCCUAAGGCAUGAGCUUUGGCAUGUGGGUGAUUCUCCAUUCUUUGUUACUGAAUGGAAAGCGUCGUUUAGCACAGACCCUCCUUCUCUUAACAGAGCUCCUGUAUGGGCAACGCUCUCGCAAAUCCCCUUUGAUCUCAUCACUGAUGAAGGCCUGGGUAUUAUCUCUAAGCCUCUUGGAGUUAUUGUUGAUGCAAAACCCUUCUCUAGCAUCUCUUCAGUGGAAAUCAAGGUCAUUGUUGACCUCACUAAGAAGCUUCCUAGUUCCGUAGAAAUCGAGAGGGAAAAUGGAAGUGUGGAUACCCUUACUGUUAUCUACCCUUGGCUGCCCCCGUUAUGUUCUUCUUGUGGUGAGUUCGGGCACAAAGUCUCCUUAUGUCCUCUGUUGGAGACACCCCCGAAGCAGAAUAAACAAAAAUCUAAUCCUAAGACUCCUAAACAGCGUAAGGAUAAGCAAGUCCAAACUUCAGUUACCCCUGCAGAGGAAGAUGUUGGGAUUCUGGAGAUCUCUGCUAAGAUAGUAGAAGGUUCGAAUUCCAGAGUUUCUCAGUCGGCCCCUCUGGAUGUUAUCCCUGAGAAAGAGCUCCCUGCUCUUCAUGUCGCUUCAACUGAUUCUUUGCUUCCGGUCUCGAAAGUUCGGCAAGAGCCAGAUGUUUUUCAGGUUCCUUUCACCCCUGUUACCAAAGCGUUUAAAGGUCGUGUGUUAGACAUUGCCCCAGCCAUUGGUACCUCAACUUCCAAUGCGUUCAAUCUGUUGAGUUCUGACACAGAGCCCGGUGUACAUUCAGAAAUCCCUCAUGAGGAUUCUGGUUCUGAUCGUGAAGAUUUGAAUUUUAAUGGGGAUGAGGCCGCCCUGUCACUAGUCAAAGUUCAAGUUACGCUGGAAUCGGGAAUCUCUUUUGUUUAUUCUGCUGUUUAUGCUUCAAAUGAGGUUGACGAAAGGAGGGGUCUCUGGUCUUCUCUUCAAGACACCCUUGUCUCUUUUGGUUUGGACUCCAAGCCUUGGAUGGUGGUGGGUGAUUUUAAUGAAUCUUUGGGGCCACAUGAAUCCUCUAACGUGGCUUGUGUGUCUUCUACUUCCUCAAUGCGUGAGUUUGGUGAAGUUCUCUGUCAGCUGGGUCUUGUGGAUUUACCAUCACAGGGGCCUCGUUUUACUUGGUCUAACCACCAGCCGUCGACGCCAAUUGCCAAGCGUUUGGAUCGGUGUUUGGUAAACAAUGAAUGGUUAGCUCAGUUUCCUACGGCUCACUGCUCAUUUGAACCGCCUGAUUUUUCGGAUCAUACUCCUUGUCACAUCAGGUUAUCAUCUCCUCCACCAUCUUUUGGCACCAAAGCAUUCAUGUUCAAUUGUGCUUUACUAUCGCUUCCUUCCUUCUUGCCUACCAUUCGGUUGGCUUGGGAGGAUUUGGAUUCUGGUAAUGGUCUUCUCUCUGGGUUAUGUUUUAAAUUAAAGAAGAUUAAGAUGGUGGUCAGGGACAUUGCCAAAGAAAAUUUCAGCCAUAUUGAGAAGCGAGUCCUUCAGGCAGAGGAUGAUCUCCGAGUGUGUCAGAUUAAAUCUCUGGAUGACCCUACGCCAGAUAAUUUCGAAAUUGAGCGUAAAGUAAGGACUCUCUGGAUCUCUCUUAGGUUGGCUGAGGAAUGCUUCUUCCGCCAAAGAUCUCGAAAUAAAUGGUUGGAAGGAGGGGAUCUCAAUACACAGUUUUUUCACAGCUUAAUGAUUUUCCGCAAUGGGUCCAAUGCGAUCAAGUAUCUCUUGAGGAGUGAUGGGUCUCGUUCUGUCUCUCUCGAAGAGGUUCACCAGAUUGCGGAAAGGCAUUUUUCUUCUGUCCUCCAGGAUAUCAAAGGAGAUUAUUGUGUUUCACUCAAGGAUUUGCUAAACAUAAUUAUCAUCUUCAAAUGUUCAGACCCGAAACAAGUUAUUAUAGGAGCUGAAAUAUCAAGUGAAGUGAUCAAGGAGACUCUUUUUAAGAUGCCUAAGAGUAGAACCCCUGGUCCUGAUGGGUUUCCUUGUGAAUUCUUCCAAGCAACCUGGUCUUUUAUUGGUGAAGAGGUUUUGAAGGCAGUUCACUACUUUUUCAGGGCACCUUUUAUGUCGACAGCUUUGAAUAGCACAUCUUUGGUGUUGAUUCCGAAGCGCCCUGGAGCUGAGUCCUUUGUCAAAGAUAGGCUUCUUUUGGAAAAUGUGUUGCUGGCUUCCGAAGUUCUCAACGGGUAUCACUCUAAAAAAUCUUCUCUCAGGAUCGCUCUUAAGAUUGACAUAUCUAAGGCUUUUGACUCUGUCCGUUGGGAUUUUAUUCUAAUUGCUCUCCAUGCGUAUAAUAUCCCAGCCAAUAUUAUCUCUGCAAUCAAGGCAUGCAUCACUACCCCAGCGUUCUCUCUAUCUAUCAAUGGGGUUACAGCUGGAUAUUUUAAAGGUCGUACAGGGCUUCGACAAGGGGACCCUCUUUCUCCGGUCUUGUUUGUGUUGGUGAUGAAUGUCUUAUCCAUUAUGCUCGAUAACGUUGCCAAGGCUGGCAUCUUCGAUUAUCAUCCAGGUUGCUCUCAUAUUCAGCUUACUCACCUGGCUUUUGCGGAUGACUUGCUUAUUUUUUCUGAUGGCUCUGAAAAAUCUCUGGCUGGUGUAGUUAGCAUUCUCUCUCAAUUUGAGAAGCUAUCAGGUCUUGCGAUUAGAAGGAAGCUCAACGGCUGGCUCCAUCGCCGUCUGAGUUUAGCGGGUCGACUAAGGUUGAUUUCCACUGUGAUCUCGGGUAUUGUGGGGUUCUGGACUUCAGCUUUCCUUCUACCUAAACGUGUUAAGCAGCUAAUCAACAGCUUGACUACUUCCUUCCUGUGGAAAGGUACUCUUGAUAAUUCUAAUGGUGCUAAGGUUGCUUGGGAUGCACUUUGCUUUCCCAAAAGAGAAGGAGGUUUGGGACUUCGGAGCAUCUCUUCAUGGAAUGCAAUUUUCAGCCUGAAGCUUAUUUAG